UUAAAUAGUCAAACAUACACAUAAUAUUGCACUAAUCAAAAUGUUACAACUUAGGGCGAUCGUUUAGUCAGAAUACAUUCAUAUUAGUGUGUAGCAUUGGAGAUAGAAAGAGAGCAAUAAAGCAAUAGAUAGAAUAGAGGGGCAAGAAUAGAACUGGGUUUGGCAAGCGUGGUGAUUUUACACCUACCUUUUAACCGGACCGUAGCCGAUUGUAUUGUAUUCGGUUUACGAUACGUAUCAUGCUUGGCCCAGGUGGUUUCCCUAAGAAAAGUGUAUUUCUAUUUUACAUACUAUUGCAACACUUCAUCAUCGCUGUGACAAAGUUAUUUAACAACAUUCUAUACCGAAGCUAGUUUCCAAUAGAUUGUAGACAUCAAAAAUAUGAGAUUACAGAUAGUUGUGAUAUGUGUGUCGUAAAAUUAGAACGUGUUACGAUCUACUAGAUUUUCUCAGCUUUUGCAGUCAUGCAUUUUUUCAAGAAGUAAUACAUUUUUUAAGAAUGACUUAAAUAGAUCGCGAUCACACCAUUGAAGAGUUUCAAUGCGCGAUGCUGAAUAUCAUAUUAUGUUGGAUAUGUUGGCUGUUUUGGGCGGGUCUUCCGACACUUACAGCCUAUCCUGUAUCAUCUUCUAUACUGACAGAUUUGCCAUACUCCUAUGCCUCAUCAAAAUGGGAACGAUAUUGGAUACAAUAUAUCCUUGGUCUUUUAAGCGUUACUGCUACAGCAUUUACCUUAGUUGGCUGUCUUUGUUGUCGAAGACCUAGGAGACCUAAGGGAUUUCAGGACAAAACAGGAAAGUGCAAUCAGGAAUUCAAAGAUGGGAACAAUAUUGGUCAGGAAUCAGUAUUUGAACAUUCUCUCGAUGGUUUAGAAUUGAAUGUUCCACAUGUGUUAGUUGCUUCAGAGAGAGUACAGUUUGAACCUUUGCCUGUAGAACAUAUUAUAUCUGGACCUAGAAAUACUACAAAACCUAAACCAUUACCUUUAUCAACGUCUUUUUUUGAAGAACACGAUUCUGAUUCUAAUACUCUCCCAGAACAUUGUCACGAGUGGUUUGAUGCACAGGACUUAUGUGUACCCAGAGAAAAAUUGAAGUAUUUAAGAGAGAUAGGUCAUGGUUGGUUUGGAAAAGUUGUUGAAGGUCGUGCAGAUUUAGAAGGACACAGGAGAACUUCUAAAAAUGGUGGUGUUAUUGUGAGAAUUCUUACGGAAGAAGCUACUAUGAAGGAAAAAGCCUGGUUUCUUGGAGAGGCUACUCCAUAUUUGAAGCUACAUCAUCAAAAUAUCUUAACUUUAUUAGGAUUUUGUUUAGAAACUGAUCCGUAUCUAUUACUAUUUGAGUCAUGUUCAGUAGGUGACCUCAAAGGUUUUUUAUUAUCAAAUCAUGAUAAAAAAUCUCAAGAAGCACUUAAUAAAGAAAACAUCCCAAUUCGGAUGGCACUAGAUAUUGCUGCUGGAUUGAAACAUAUGCAUAGUCAUGGAUUUGUACAUACAGAUUUAUCUGCCAGAAAUUGUUUAGUAGCAUCAGACCUAUCAGCAAAAUUAGGAGAUUAUGGAACUGGUGUAGAGAAGUACCCUGAAGAUUAUUAUGUAGUUGGAGAUCGCGCAUUACCUAUUAGAUGGUCAGCACCAGAAAGUGUAGAAUGUACUGAUACUACUAUCGAAACUAGAGAAAUUACAUCUCAAGCAAAUAUGUGGAGUUAUGCUAUCUUUCUUUGGGAAAUUAUUACAUGGGGAAAUAGACCAUACCACGAUAAGAGUGAUGAACAAGUAAUUCAAAUGCUCUUACCUUUAAGAACUGAUCUUUUAUCAAAUGGUAUACAAGUAUUGCAAACAUACCUAGAAAAUUGUCCAUCAAAUAUAUAUCAAGCAAUUCAUUUAUGUUUGAAUUUAAAUCCACAGAAAAGACCAAAUUUGGAUGAGGUAAAGCAACUUCUUUUAAAUGAAUAUACAGAGUAUUUGGAUUUUGAACAAAGGUGGGAGAAUUUGCGAGUUAACACUAAACAUGUUCGAAGUGCUAGUUUACAAGAUCUUCGAGGAAGUAUAGAUUCAGAUUAUUGGACCACUAUUGUCGACGAUACACCUCGACAGUCGUCAUUUCGGCUCGGACCUGGUGAACUAGUAAAAAACGUACCAAAUUUUAAAAAUAUUAUUCAUCAUGAAUCUAGUUCUGAAACUGAAGAAGAAAGUUGGAAAGGACGAAUUGAACAAGGAGUUUACACUGAAAAAGUGAAACAAAAAUCUAAAUCUGUUACUGAUUUAAUGGUACUUGUACAUAUCGAUUUUGAUUCUGAUGCAGAAUUAUCAAUGGGAGCUCAAAUGUCAGAAAAAUAUGGGAAAAAGAAAUUGCCCGCUACCGGCAGUGAUAGCGAUCUUAGACAUAGCAUUCAUGCAGAUGAAUUUGACGAAGCAUUAAGAAAAUUACGAGAUCCUUUGCCAAAUAAUACUUGUAAUAAAAUCAGGAUGUUAGACAUUUCAGAAAGGCCAAAAUUACUGACAUUAACUAUGGAUCAAACUCAAACUCCGAUUUUGAGAUUAUCUUUAAAUGAUCAAGCAUCUGACACUAGAUCUGUUGCAAGUGCAAGUACAGAAGCAUGCAGUGAAAAACAUGUAUUAAGACUUCUGUCAAAGGGGGAUCCUAAUUUUCCUCUUCUACGUUAUGUACCUGAUGAUACACCUUCUUGCGAAAUGUUAGAAGAAAACAAUAAAUCUCAAUCUAAUGAUCCAUUUAAGUAUGAAAACAGCGACAAUAUUUGUUUUCCUAAUAAUUUCUCAGUUAGUUUUGGGACUGAUGAAAGCAAUUUAGUUGAUGUUGCACUUUGGAAUCAUGCAUUGGAUUCUGCUUUAGAAAAGAAAGUACCUGGUUUCUUGGAUGAAGGUGAAUUUAAUGAAUAUAUAGAAUCUUCGUCUAAACAAGAAAAUAAUACCACACCAAAAUUAACUGUAACUAUUGAAUCUACACCAGAUACUUUACAAUCUCAGAAACACUCUAUGUAUAAUGCAAGUGAUAAAUUUUCUAAUGAAGAAGAUAUAGACAUAAACCGAAGAUGUUUACCAAAUGAAGAUGAAGAAGAAAGAAAACAAUUAUCUACACCUGAUGAUGAGCAAAGUUCUGAUUCUGGAUUUAGAGAUAAAGAAUCCUGUGAAGAAGAAGAGAAUGUUUAUGCUUUAAUUCCUUCCACCUCUACUAAUGAUUCUACAGCGAAUAUACCAAUAUAUACUGAAGAAGAACAGUUACAAAUCUUAUUUGAACUUGAUACUAUUCUUGAUGCAGAGUACUAUGCAACACUUCCUGAUUCUGGAAAAAUGACAGAAAACUUAACUUCAAUUAAUUAUACAGAAAAUAAAAUUCUUUGUACAAAUGAAGAUGAAUCUGAUUCUAUUCAUACUAUAGAUACUGUAGUUGAAAUAGAGAAUAUUGAAAAUUGUACCCCUAAUAUUAGUUUAGUAGAAACUGACAUAAAAUUAGUAUCAGAAGAUAAACAAGAAAUACAGGCAGAAAAUGUGAUUGAUAUUAAGAAAAAUAUGGAAUUAAAACAUUUAAGUGAUAUCAAUUUUUCUUCUCAAGAAACAGAUUUGGAGCAACAUAAUAUACAAACAGAUAUUAAGUAUCUCAAAGAACAAGGUGAAUUAAAACAAUAUUUACAAAAUAAGGGCGAAAGUGAAAUUGAGAUUAAAAAUAGAAAUGAAAUUGGAAUUAGUAAUGACAAUGAUAAUGUAAUUAUUAAUGCAAAUGAACAUGAGGACAAAAAUAAAAUUGAAAAUAAAAGCAAAUACGAAAAUGAUAUUAAAAAUAGAGAAGAAAAUGAAAAUGUAAAUUCAAAUAAAUUUGAAGAUGAAAAUGAUAAGAAAAAUAAAAAUCAAAUUGAAAGUAAAAAUGAUAAAGAAAAUGAAAAUAGAAAUAAACAUGAAAAUAAUAUUGAAAAUAAUGAUGAAAGAGAAACUAGAAAUAAAAUUGAAAAUGAAAAAGAAAUAGAAAAGAUAUAUGAAAGUGACAAUGAAAAAGAAAUAGGCAAAAUAAAUGAAAAUGAAAUUGAAGAUGAAGAUAGUUCUACAAUGAGUUUACGUAGUGAUAAUUCUUAUGUAUCAUUUGAUAUAGAAGAAGAGUUUGUAACAGCAAUUCGAAAUGAACUUAGAGAGAAAUUACCUUGUGCUCAGAUGUCUGUUGUAGAACCAUUAGAAGCUCACGAUGAUGAUAAUCCAUCUAUAUCUAGUGAUAUAGAUAGUAAACAUUGGGACGAUGAUGAUAGUGAAGAAUCUUCUAAUCAAGGUAGUGGAGGAGUGGGUAUUUCAAUAAGGUAUAAUGUAUAUGAUUCACCACUUAGUCCAAUCCAAGAAGAACGUGAAAGUACUCUUACCUCGGAGUCUUUAAUAUCAAAUUCUAGGGAUACAUCAAUCGCUUCAAAAGAAUCUGUUACUUCGGAUGAUGUAUUAUUAGUUGAUACUCGAACAAAUAAAAUGAUUUUGUUAGAAGGACUAGGAGAAAAACUACAAGAUGAUGAACGAGAUACAACCAAUGGAGACUUAUCUGAAGAAGAAAAUCUGGAUUAUAAUUGUUCGGUAGUUCGUUCUCGUGAUGAUAAGUCGCACAUUAUGAUGGCGAGUGGUGGAGCACCUUUACCAAGUCCAGAGGAGGAAACUAAAUGGCAACAAUUGCCUUCAUCUUUUCCAUUGCCAUUACCUUUACCAUUAGAAGAUGAUUUAAUGUCAACAAGUUUUGGAACAGAGCAUGGGUGGGUUAGUCAGGAUGAAGAUGAUGAAGAAGAAGAGGAGGAAGAUGACGAAGAAGAGGAUGAAAAUAAUAGCUCCAGCUCUGGUGAAUUUGUAUGGAAAAGGUAUAAUGAACCGCAUGUCGAGCAAGUGCAAAUUCGAAGUUGUUUAAGUAAUAAUGAAGGAGAAAUACUAGAUGCUGAUAUCGAAGAUGAAAUGGAUGCAGAAGAAGAAGGGGAGGAUGAAGAGGAAGAAGGUGGAGAAGAAGGAGGAGAAGAAGAAGAAGAGGAAGAAGAAGAAUUUACACCAUCAGCUUGGAAUGCAACAUUAGCGCCUCAUCGUUCUGCACUAAGAUCUCCAGAUAAAACAUUAAAAUCUAGUGAUCAAAAAAAGAGUGUGUGGUUUAAGAAACAGCGCUAUCACUGUGUAUACGAAUACCCGAAGGAAACACUGGCUACAGAAACUCAAGGAGAACCAACCACUACUUGGGAGCCAACUUCAUAUAGUGAUUGGGAGGAAAUGAUAGACGAACCACGAUUAGAUCUGUAUCCCCUUGAUUAUGAUGAUACCAAUCAUACUGGACACGAAGAGUUUUUUGUGAGCAGUUCAAAUCGUCCGUUUCAAUUUCAAACUAGCGAGAGUAAAUAUGUUAGUCAAUUCUUUCCUGGUGCGUCUACGUCAGUGAUUGAAGAACGAGACGAAAUAGAUGGUGAUGAACAAGGAGUACCACAAAACGGAAUAGACUUGUUAAAUGAUUGUAGUCAAAGUCAACAAUAUCAAUUAGGAGAAUUAAGGCAUACUAGAGAUCGUUUAAAAUUGAAUUUAUCUACAACUGGCUCACCCUUUGUUUCUAAUAAACAAACAAAAGAGGAUAAUGUAGAACAGUUGCAUGAUAAAGAAAACAUGUCAGAAUUCUUGCAAAGUAUAGACUUUACACAGGACCAACAUAUUCUAUCAAACUCCUUGAAUUACAAUACGUUACCAACGGUGCCUCCCAAAGACAUUCAACAAAAAAAGAGUCUUGAUCCGACUUCUUCAAAAAGUGCCCAAUGUGAUAGUCAAGAAAAAAUUGAGCCUAUUGACAAGUGUAGUGUUUUGACUCAGAACUAAUGUGUUUCGAAGACGUUAGUAAAAUGUUAAAAGAAAUAAUUUAGCUGAAGUCCGUCCGAACUAAUUUCGUUGCAAAAGUAUAGUGAUUACUCAACGAUUUCACUAUUAAAUGAAUCUCGAAUUAUUGUACAUAAGAUGUAGCAAAUUUUUAUUGUGGCUGAGAUUCAAUCGAUUGUCUAUAGUAUUAUAUUAAAUUUUUGUUUGUUGUAUAGAAACAUUAACAUAAAUAGAGCUUAAUACUGAUAUAAUUUUUUAUACAAUUAGCUUCAUGUGACGAUAAAGAAACGUAAAUAUUAAUUGAAUCAAAUAGCAGACAAUCGAUUUUUAAAAGCUACAUCAAAACUAACGAAUAAUUUCAUUUCAUAUCUGUAAAUAUUUAUUAAAAGUUGUUCAGUACGUAAUCGUUAUGAAAAAAGUAAAAUUUGUGUAAGUUAAUGUUAUUACUUUCAUUGAUGAUAUAUGAUAAUUAUUCAUAUUGAUUUUUAAUUAUUGUUAUCUUUAAAUACGGUAUCUUUCUUGGUAUUAUAUUAAAAUUAUAUUAGUAAAAAACAGCUCUCUACUCUAAAAGUAUUAUAGUGUCAAUCGAGGGACGGUACUAUAAUUAAGUCUCAACCUUUAGCUAAACGUGUACAGUAACUGAUUCACAAAUAAUUCUUUUUAAAUGUACGUUGUACUGUUAUUUUUACUAGAACUGUGAUGGGCACAAUUUGUGCACUUUUAUUUCAAUUAAUUUGAUGAAUCAAAUUAGUAAAACUGCAGAUGAAGUAGCACAGAAAAUAUGCUGCCGUACUUUCCUGCAUACUAUUUUCCAUACUUUUAAAUAUUUUUGAGCACCUCUCAUAGCUUUUUUAACCAUUUUUAAUAUUUAGAUAAUUUUUUACAGAAGAAUAAUAUUGCGUGAGACAUAAGUGCACAAGAAAAAGUUUGUUUAUUAUGAAUAUGGUAUUAACUAUUAAAUUCACAAUAUGCAAAUAUUUAUUUGAAUAUAAAAAUGAAAACCAACAAAGAUAUGUUAGUAACUGUUAAUUAUUAAUAUUAUACAAUUUUUGGGAAAUAUCUUUCAAAGUUUCCAAUGUUGCUACAACAAAAGUAAAUCAUAAUAUAGCGGCAGAAUAGAUUAGAUUAAUAAAAAAUAUUAAAAAAUACAAAUAAUACCAAUAUACUUGAUAUUUGCACCGAUAUAUAAUUUCAUUAACAUAUGUGAAAUCGAAAACGAACAUGUUAUAACUACUAUUAAUAGCACUGCGAUUAUUAUGCAGUUUUACUACCAUUACAAUUACUAUUACUAUUAUCACUAUUGAUAAUGCUAACUCCAUGCUCAUUAUAAUACAUAGGAUAUUAAUAGAGAACGAUUAAUAUAUUGUUAUACAAAGCAGACAUUGAUUUAAACAGAA